AUGGAGGAUUUGGAUGAAACAGAAGUGGUACCUCACCAAUCCCACCGACCAUUAAAUGGUUGUCGUUUCCUCGCUAUGUUUCGAGAAAGAGGAUCGCAUUUGUCGAUUAUCGAACUUGAAAUAGCUCACGACAACAUUUGUGGAGUUUCCUGUCUGAGGAAAGGAGAGGUCAUCAUCGUAUGUCCGUGCCCGUCUGGUCCUAUCAUCCAUUCCGUUGUCGUUCGCCCAGAAGAUUCUCCGAUAUCACCGCCUAAGGAGCCACUCACUCCACUGGUUGAAGCAGACAAUUGCACACAGCAUGCAUUAACUGAUGAGAAUGCGCAAAAAUAUUGGCCAUCAGUUGUCAAUGGCAAAUACGACUUAUCAUCCUAG